UGUGUUAUCUCGAGUUCAAGUCUCAUUUCUAGCUGUAAUUCAUAUACACAUAAAUAUAUUCCUGUUGCUCGUUGAACCCUUUUUACGGCUACCGAAGACCCGAGGCUCGAGACCUCGCCGAGUUUUUUCAAUCCAACACGUGUUCUUUCGGAGAGAAGCGCGCGGCAAGAAGAUGCACACAUCUAUUAAGAAGAAGAAGAGUCAAGGAUUAUUUUUAAAACAAUUGCAGGAGGUUUUGUUGCUAUUUUAAGAAAUUUUAUAAAAGCACAGGUUCAUUCCUUUUAACUCAGGAAUAAUUUUUUAAUCGCGUGCAAAAAUAAAUAAAUAAUUGGAGUUAUUUACAAAAUGAUUACACAACUUAAACGUAUUAUUACCUAUUGUAUUUCGUUUAGGUCAGCGAAAACGAGACUUUCAAACGUUUAAAACUCCUACACGGUCAUGUUUUUGAGUCUUUAUUUCUUUAAAAAAAAUCAUAAAAAUAUUAAUUAAAGAAAUGAAGACUAAAAAGGAUCAGGUCGUUGUUUAUACAAUGUUGGGUUUUGGGUUAAGUUUCCUGGGUUUAAUCAUUUAUGGAGCCAGUGCCAGAUCAACUGCAAAUACAAAACAAUUAUUAUUAACGAACGUUAUUUGUAGGCAUGGUGCAAGAACUCCUGUUGAUACAUACCCAAACGAUCCUUAUUUAAAUUAUUCUUUUUCCCCAAUCGGAUGGGGGCACUUAACCAAUGAAGGAAAAUUAGAUCUAUACAACUUAGGAAAAGAUUUAAGAAAUCGUUACAAAACCUUCCUAAGUAAAUUUUAUUACCCAAAUCUUUAUAAAUCUCAAUCCACAGAUUCUGAUAGAACAUUAUCAAGCGUACAAUUAAUUAACGCCGGGUUGUGGGAACCUCGAGACACCCAAAAGUGGGGUCCCAUUAAUUGGCAGCCUAUUCCAGUUCGAUAUGAAGCAUUAAACGAAGACAAGUUAUUAUUAGUAAGGGUACCUUGCGCUCAAUACGAAAUUGAGCUAAAAAAAGUAAUCGAAAGCGAACCAAUUCAAGAAAUUUACAAGAAAAAUAAAAAUCUUUUUGAGUACGUUUCAAAAUCAACGGGGAAAGAUAUAAAAAAUUUCGACGAUUUACAAGACGUUUUUACCACUUUAAAAGCAGAAGAAUCAUUUAAUUUAACGUUACCAGAAUGGACCGUAGAUUAUUAUCCACAAAAAAUGUACGAACCCACCGCUUUCAGCUUUUAUCUCCGCACGUACAACAAAAAAUUAAUUCGAUUAAAAGCUGGAUUAUUAUUAAAAAGAAUCAUCGAAAACAUCAAAUCAAAAAUAAAUUAUAAAGAAACCGAGUCAACAUCAAGCAAAGAUGUUAAUAUGUACUUAUACGGUGGGCACGAUGCGACCAUUGCAAACAUUUUGAGUGCUUUGAAUCUUUUUGAAGGCGAACAACAUGUUCCUGAUUAUGCAGCAACAAUUUUAAUUGAAACAUACGUUGAUAGAGUCGAUAAUCAGUAUUAUAUUGAGGUUUAUUAUCGAAAGUCAGUUAAUGAUGUUUUUCAAAUGAAAACGAUUCCAGGUUGUGCAAAAUCGUGUCGAUUUGAUAAAUUUUUGGAUUUAUUACAAGAAUAUAUACCUGGAGAUUGGGAAAAAGAAUGUUAUACGGAUGAUCCAAAUUUUGUACCUCCACCUCCGAUAGGACCUUAAUUAUCAUAAAUAAUUAAACUAAAACAUUAAAUAAAUGAGAAAUUAAAACGUA